AUGACUAUGGCGCCAAGCGAAAAUGUGGUUGGAAAUCCACUUGUUGUGUGUACAGCACAUAUUCACUGGGAUCCGGAAUUUUGCGAUGUUAAACUGAUUCAGUCAAUGAUGUUGGCGCAAGAGAUCACUAUACUGCUUGAUGAGGUCGAUGUCGCUGAAAAAUUUCGAGUAACGCCACAGCAGACACCCGUACUGAUUUGCGGCGAUUUAAACUCCCUUCCAGAAUCAGGUUCAUUUAGUUUUGGAGAAUUCAUCUGUCUUAUCUUAAUUCUGAAUAAAGAUGGUGGCGAAAAGAUCAUACUUUAG